CAGGACUGAUCUACGGAUCUACAUGGGCUAAGGCUGGGUGGAGAAAAUGUGGUGUCAUCCAAGAUGACCUAUCAUCAACCCAAUCUUUCAGACUUGGGUGUUAGUAUAUAAUACAAACUGCGCGUCAAAAAUUUACUUGUAUUAGCGUGCAACUCUCAAAUCGCGUCUCAUGCGCUCGUUAAUCAAGACAUCAUGAAUUUUCGCCCAAUACAGCCCAGACCGGACCAACCCAUCGACGACAAUAACGAUGGCGACAAGCGUACCACCAGGAGUCGCAUAAGUACUGCCUGCGAGGCGUGUCGGAAAGCUAAAUCAAAGUGUGAUGGAACGCGGCCAAGAUGCCUAGUGUGCACGUCAAAGCAUAGGUCAUGCGUGUUUCGUGGCGAGGAAGGACAGUCAGAAAAGUCAAUCCUAAUUGACCGCAUCAGGGAGGGGGAGUCUAGGGAAGCAGCCCUGAAUGCCCAGAUCGAGUUGCUGCAACAGCGCAUCCAGGAACUCCAAGCUGGCCAGACAAUAGAUGUCGAGCCAGCCAAGCCAGACGAGCCAGCAACACAAGCGAGUGCAAUACAGAAAGCCCCAAACCCCAUCGAGCUCGCCAUUCCUAGCGCCUCACUAACGAGCCGUGCCAUUGACGGGUUUUUUAGUUGCAGUGGGAAAUUAUUCCAUGUGUUCUCGCAAGUCCAGGUAUCUCGUAUGGCUGACUCGGUCUUUGGAGAAAGGGAUAGCAAGGGUGAGGACCGCAAGGCAGAUAUCGCCUCUCUGAUGGCUGUCGCAGCGGUUGGUUCGCAAUACUCGAAUACUUCUAUGGAUGACAAGGUCCAAGAAACGUUUUACAGCGUCGCGAAGAUUUACUUAGACGCUGUUAUCACACGGCGACCUCUCGAAGGUGUCAAGGUCUGUACGCUGUUGUGUAUGUACAACGUCUUUGGCAAAGCUACAGUCUCUCUAGCUUACGCAGAUGCGGGAUUGGGCAUGUGUGACCGGUUUGGACUACAUUGCCCACGACGACAAAUAGACGGUAUUGAAGAUGCGGCCUGGAUCGAUUAUCGCAAAGCAUGGCGCACUCUUAUCUUUCUCUCAACCUGGCUUUCGGCGACCCUAGGCUAUAGAACUGGUAAUGACCAGUCCCUUCGGCGGAUGAUAACUCUGUCUGAACUGCACAUCGAUGAUCAAGUUGGCAUUUCAGAAGUCGUUCAAACAGAGAUGACCAAGAUUGCUGUACUUAAAGCUAGAAUAUUGCACAUGCAUCUGGCAUGCAAAUAUUUAACUCCCGACGCCUUAAAUUCAAUGAUAAGGGACCUUCAAGACUGGUAUGACAGGCUGCCACAGCAGAUGCAACUUCAACACUUGUCAGGGCAAGAAUUAUCACAUGAAGUGAGGCGUUCAAUAUACCACGUCCACCUCCUUUAUCUUGGCGCACACAUGCUACUGUUUAGAAGGAUCGUCGCAGAGAACACUCAAAAUCUCGGACGAGAACCCCCGAAACUGUGGCAUCCAUCGAGCGAGCUGCUUUCUAGGCAGUGUCCUAGUGCUGUCAUAGCUGCCAGCAUGUCAGCCAGGAUAUUCAAGCUGUUAUUAGAUGAAAACGGAAUCUUCCAGCGCUGUUGGCUUAUUAUCUUCCAAAGUUAUACAUCAUGUAUCAUCAUCAUGCAUAAUGUCUUGACAAAGCUGGUCUCGCUCAAAAUCAGAUCAUAUGAGGAUGAACUGAAAAACACACGGCUGUGUCUCGAGACUUUGACAUAUUGCGGCGCAGCUGAUCCUGUAGCGAGUCUUUUCCUCGACAAAGCUCAGGGUAUCUACAACUCGCUGAUAAAUCAUAUUGAGAAAUUAACGGAAAUUCUCAGAGAGUCCCACCAGGAACCGGUUGAUACGGUGGAUUCCUCUGCAGGUCGCGGCACCACUGACAACCCGACAGGAAGGACAUUGCAGGAUGAUAACACUCGUGCUAGCGAUGAUGGCCCCGAAUUCCUCUCUGCCUCUUACCAGCGCUCUGUCGAAGACCUAUCCUAUGACUUAUUGGAAUUGCUUUGCCGACCUUUCGGAGAUCCUUCACAUCGGGAGGGCAGCAAAGAGUCGCUUGCAGCGACGCAGAAGUUAGACCCUAGCCGCUACGAACAUCCAGUAUUACUGGAGAGACUCGAAUGGGAUUUCGAGGACAGUGCCCCUUUUCGGUGGAACUCCGAGGUAUUAGGACUUGGUAACAUAGACACUGGGACGUCUCAAGGGGGGGAGGGAUCUGUCCAGAACACCCGGGCCAUGAACCGUUUCUUGGACUCUACGCACCCUAGUGGUUGGGCAUAGCCUGAAUAAGACGAAUCAAACAAUUGGAGAGCGAACUGUAUCUGGGACUAAGCAACUACAGGACCACAUUCGUGGCCUUAGCAGCCCUAUGGUUCUCAUAUCAAUGCUUUUGGUGAGCAACCUUGUCGACUACAAUAUUCGAUGCCAAAAAGUGGCUGUGGAACUGCGAAUGGUUAUGCGAGCAUUGCCGCUUAUUUGAUCUGGAGGAUUCCCUAGCGUUUCAAUUAUAAUUUGCAGGGCACAGCGAUGGUUGGCAUGAUUAAAGGUGUUUAAAGAGAUGGUACUAAAACUUGGAAGCGAUCAACAAAUUGCCAGGAGCCAUGCUGUUCGGGGAAAUUCCAGGUCAAAAAAGAACAUGACAACAACAGGAAAAUGAGCACUCAAUAGAUCAUUCACGAUUUUUUAGUGGAAAUUGAUGUCUUUUUCAACUAAUCAGUCUGAUUAUACCAGUAUUUCAUUUUUUGAGGGUGCGCAUGUACAGAUACCUAGCUACAAGACAUAAGUGACGAUUUAGCGUGGCUGGUGGUGGCUGGUGCUAUUAAAUCUACUUACCUAG